CCACCACCAGCACCACCACCACCAGCACCACCACCAGCACCACCACCACCAGCACCACCACCAGCACCACCACCACCAGCACCACCACCUCGGCUGUUGUUGCCGAGAGAGAGAGAGGAGGGAGAAGCGGCGUCUUGGGUCUCGCCUGGGCACCAUGGAGGCCGAGAUGACGCCUCCGAGGGCGCUGAGCGGCAGUCGGAGCGGCGGCUACGGGGCCAUGGACGACACCAGCUGGGGUCGCGGGACGCGCGCAGGUGACGAGGAGGCGGCGGGCGACGUGGUGUCCAUGGCCGACUCGACGGCCACGCUGGAGGAGCUCGAGGAGGAGCUGGUCCGCAUCGAGCGGCUCCGCGAGCAGCUGAUGCGGCGAGAGUCGGAACUCAGAUACAUGAUGGACGACAUGCAGCUGUGCCAGGAGAUCUCGCGCCUCAAGGUGGAGCUGCAGGCCCUGGUCUCCCUCCCAGACGCGGAGCGCGCGGGCAGCGCGGCGCGUGCCCAGGAGGAGUCGCUCAUCAGGACGAUCCACGAGCUGGUGGAGAAGAGGGACUACCUGGUGGACGACGUGGAGCUCGAGAGGCUCAGGGAGCGCGAGGAGGACAAGGAGAUGUCAGAUUUCCUGCAGAAGAAGCUCAGGAAGAAGGAGCGGCCAUUGCGAGCAGACGCGGUGCGGGCGGGGGACCGCCGGGAGAGCGAGGGGUCCCCGCAGGGAAAGCCGACGUUCGCCAAGACAGGUCUCACCCUCCUCAAGGACUGCUGCGGCUUGGCCUCCUGCUGCGUGCAGUGACCUCCCGUGGGGGCAGCGCUCGCGUCGGGAGCGGGAAGGCGCGUGUGCGGGCGCGUGUGUGUGUGGGUGAGUGUGGGCGUGUGUGGGUGAGUGAGUGUGGAUGAGUGUGGGUGAGUGUGGGUGAGUGAGUGUGAGCGAGUGUGAGUAAGUGUGAGCGUGUGUGGGUGAGUGUGGGCGUGUGUGGGUGAGUGUGUGUGGGUGAGUGUGGGUGAGCGAGUGUGAGUGUGAGCGAGUGUGAGUAAGUGUGAGCGUGUGUGGGUGAGUGAGUGUGAGCGAGUGUGGGUGAGUGUGAGCGUGUGUGAGUGAGCGUGGGCGAAUGUGAGUGAGCAUGGGCGUGUGUGGACGAGCGAGUGUGAGUGAGUGUGAGCGUGUGAGUGUGAGCGUGUGUGGGUGAGUGAGUAUGAGCGAGUGUGAGCGUGUGUGGGUGAGUGAGUAUGAGCGAGUGUGAGCGUGUGUGGGUGAGUGAGUGUGAGUGAGUGUGAGUGAGUGUGAGUGAGUGUGAGUGAGUGUGAGCGUGUGAGUGUGAGCGUGUGUGGGUGAGUGAGUAUGAGCGAGUGUGAGCGAGUGUGGGUGAGUGAGUAUGAGCGAGUGUGAGCGAGUGUGGGUGAGUGAGUGUGAGUGAGUGUGAGUGAGUGUGAGCGAGUGUGAGCGUGUGUGAGUGAGUGUGAGUGAGUGUGAGUGUGGGUGAGUGAGUGUGGGUGAGUGUGAGUGAGUGUGAGUGAGUGUGGGUGAGUGUGAGUGAGUGUGAGUGUGGGUGAGUGAGUGUGGGUGAGUGUGAGUGAGUGUGAGCGAGUGUGGGUGAGUGAGUAUGAGCGAGUGUGAGCGAGUGUGAGCGAGUGUGAGUGAGUGUGAGUGAGUGUGAGUGAGUGUGAGUGAGUGUGAGCGUGUGAGUGUGAGCGUGUGUGGGUGAGUGAGUAUGAGCGAGUGUGAGCGAGUGUGGGUGAGUGAGUAUGAGCGAGUGUGAGCGAGUGUGGGUGAGUGAGUGUGAGUGAGUGUGAGCGAGUGUGAGCGUGUGUGGGUGAGUGAGUGUGAGUGAGUGUGAGUGAGUAUGAGCGAGUGUGAGCGAGUGUGGGUGAGUGAGUGUGAGCGAGUGUGAGCGAGUGUGGGUGAGUGUGAGUGAGUGUGAGUGAGUGUGAGUGAGUGUGAGCGUGUGUGGGUGAGUGAGUGUGAGUGAGUGUGAGUGAGUGUGAGUGAGUGUGAGUGAGUGUGAGCGAGUGUGAGUGAGUGUGAGUGAGUGUGAGUGAGUGUGAGCGUGUGUGGGUGAGUGAGUGUGAGUGAGUGUGAGUGAGUGUGAGUGAGUGUGAGUGAGUGUGAGUGAGUGUGAGUGUGUGUGGGUGAGUGAGUGUGAGUGAGUGUGAGUGAGUGUGAGUGUGGGUGAGUGAGUGUGAGUGAGUGUGAGUGAGUGUGAGUGAGUGUGAGUGAGUGUGAGUGAGUGUGAGCGAGUGUGAGUGAGUGUGAGUGAGUAUGAGCGAGUGUGAGCGAGUGUGGGUGAGUGUGAGUGAGUGUGAGUGAGUGUGAGUGAGUGUGAGUGAGUAUGAGCGAGUGUGAGCGAGUGUGGGUGAGUGUGAGUGAGUGUGAGUGAGUGUGAGCGAGUGUGUGUGAGUGUGAGUGAGUAUGAGCGAGUGUGAGUGAGUGUGAGUGAGUGUGAGUGAGUGUGAGCGUGUGAGUGUGAGCGUGUGUGGGUGAGUGAGUAUGAGCGAGUGUGAGCGAGUGUGGGUGAGUGUGAGUGAGUGUGAGUGAGUGUGAGUGAGUAUGAGCGAGUGUGAGUGUGGGUGAGUGAGUGUGAGUGAGUGUGGGUGAGUGUGAGUGAGUGGAGCGAGUGUGAGUGAGUGUGAGUGAGUGUGAGUGAGUGUGAGUGAGUGUGAGUGAGUGUGAGCGUGUGUGGGUGAGUGAGUGUGGGUGAGUGUGAGUGAGUGUGAGUGAGUGUGAGUGAGUGUGAGUGUGUGUGAGUGAGUGUGAGCGUGUGUGGGUGAGUGAGUGUGAGUGAGUGUGAGUGAGUGUGAGUGAGUGUGAGUGAGUGUGAGUGAGUGUGAGCGUGUGUGGGUGAGUGAGUGUGAGUGAGUGUGAGUGAGUAUGAGCGAGUGUGAGCGAGUGUGGGUGAGUGUGAGUGAGUGUGAGUGAGUGUGAGUGAGUGUGAGUGAGUAUGAGCGAGUGUGAGCGAGUGUGUGUGAGUGUGAGUGAGAGUGAGUGAGUGUGAGCGAGUGUGAGUGAGUGUGAGUGAGUAUGAGCGAGUGUGAGUGAGUGUGAGUGAGUGUGAGUGAGUGUGAGCGUGUGAGUGUGAGUGUGAGUGAGUGUGGGUGAGUGUGAGCGUGUGUGUGUGUUGAGUGAGUGUGAGUGAGUGUGAGUGAGUGUGAGUGAGUAUGAGCGAGUGUGAGUGUGGGUGAGUGAGUGUGAGUGAGUGUGGGUGAGUGUGAGUGAGUGUGAGUGAGUGUGAGUGAGUGUGGGUGAGUGUGAGUGAGUGUGAGUGAGUGUGAGUGAGUGUGAGUGAGUGUGGGUGAGUGUGAGUGAGUGUGAGCGAGUGUGAGUGAGUGUGAGUGAGUGUGAGCGAGUGUGAGUGAGUGUGAGCGAGUGUGAGCGAGUGUGAGCGUGUGUGGGUGAGUGAGUGUGAGUGAGUGUGAGUGAGUGUG